AAGUUUACUAAGAGAAAUUAAGGAACUAGAAGAGGAAAGGUCAAAAUUAGUAAGAGAGUGUGCAGAGUUGGAAUUCAAAGUAGAAGAGCUUGACAGAAAAACUAGUGCAUCUAGUGAGGCUCGUAAGAUGUAUGGAGAUGUGACAUCGGGAGAUACAACACAUCAAGAUGUUGUACUAUCCUAUCAGAGCCACUUUCAAAAUGCACAUCGUGAUCUGCCGAAAGUUUUUAAUGCACAAACAAAGGAAGCUAAAUUUGAAGAGUGGAAAAGGGCAUCUAAGAUUGUUGAGCAAAGCUUUGACGAAAACAAAGAAGAGAUUAUUUCUGAAAUGAUAAAAAAGCUAAAGAUAGCAUUGGAAACUCCUCCUCCUACCGACAAACCAUUAGAUAGUAGCACUUCAGAUCUUUAUAAAGCCUUUACAGUGUAUCUAAAGAAAAAUAAAUCAGAAAUUUUAAAUGAUGAUGAAGUAGAGCAAUUUAUUGAUAUCCCUCAAGAAUGUGGUACAAAAGAUUAUGAACUAGCUAUGGCUUAUUUUGCAAGAGAUGUCAUUAUAAACCUUGACCCUGAAGAUUAUCAUAGCUUUAUUGUUGAAGGAAGGAAACGUCCUAAAAAUUACCCACAGGAAGCAUCAGGUUCGGCUGAAGCUAUAUCUAAAGCAAAAAUUGAAGCUGAAAAGAAGAGUAAAUGCCAUGCUUGCAAAAAAAGAUUUGAGUUAGAUAAAGGAGAAAGUCCUACUUAUCACUUAGGAUAUUAUUGGCACCCAUUUCAUUAUCGCUGUUUUAGUUGUCAUAAAGAAGUUGAUAAAGAUUUCUUAUACUAUAAGAAUAAUAGAUCUAGUUACUGCAGUUGUUGCUAUUGCUGGGGUUGUAAUAAACCCAUUGGUGGUGAUAAAGCUGUUGUCACAAAACAGUUGCAAGGUCAAUAUCACAAAAAAUGUCUUACUGUGUUAUGUUAAAGAUGCAGUAGUUUGCAAAAAUUGUCAAAGAAACUAGGAUUAUGAACUAUUUGAACUAAAAUAAUUAUACAUGUGCAUUUAUUUAGAUGACAUGAUUUAUAGUCUAUAUUGUCAACUUUGUUUGUAUUAUAGCUUC